GGAAGGGGGACCACUCGGGGCUCCCAAACCUCAGCGAAGGUCCCGGAGGGUCCCUGGAGCCCAGGCAGGAGCGAGUCACAGGCAUGGCAUGCACUGUGGGGCCGGAGCCCCUGGGUGACGGUGGCGGGUCCGAGAGGCCCAAGUGGGACAACAAGCUGCAGUACCUUCUGAGCUGCAUCGGGUUUGCCGUGGGCCUGGGCAACAUCUGGAGGUUCCCGUACCUCUGCCAGACCUACGGGGGAGGGGCCUUCCUCAUCCCCUACCUCAUCGCCCUGGUCUUCGAGGGAAUCCCGCUCUUCUACGUCGAGCUGGCCAUCGGCCAGCGCCUGCGGAGAGGCAGCAUCGGGGUGUGGACGGCCAUCUCGCCCUACCUGGGUGGAGUGGGGCUGGGCUGUGUCACCGUGUCCUUCCUGGUCAGCUUGUACUACAACACUGUCCUGACGUGGGUGCUGUGGUAUUUCCUCAACUCUUUCCAGUCCCCGCUCCCCUGGAGCUCCUGUCCACUGGACGUCAACCGCACAGGGUUUGAGGCCGAGUGCCAGGCCAGCAGUACCGUGAGCUACUUCUGGUACCGGCAGACGCUGAACAUCACAGCUGACAUUAGCGACAGCGGCUCCAUCCAGGGGCGGCUGCUGGCCUGCUUAGCCGCAUCCUGGGCAGUUGUGUACCUGUGUGUCAUCAGAGGCAUUGAAUCCACGGGGAAGGCAAUUUAUUUCACAGCCCUGUUCCCGUACCUGGUCCUGACAAUUUUCCUUAUCAGAGGACUCACCCUGCCCGGGGCGGUCGAAGGGUUAAUCUACUUGUUCACGCCAGAUGUGCAGAUUCUCCAGAACCCCCGAGUGUGGCUGGACGCAGCCACGCAGAUAUUCUUCUCACUGUCCCUGGCCUUCGGAGGACACAUUGCUUUUGCAAGUUAUAACCCACCCAGGAACAACUGUGAGAAGGACGCAGUGACCAUCGCCCUGGUCAACAGCAUGACCUCCCUCUAUGCCUCCAUCGCUGUGUUCUCCGUCUUGGGAUUCAAGGCAGCCAACGACCAUGGGCGUUGCCUGGACAGAAACAUCCUCCACCUCAUCAAUGCGUUCGAUUUCCCCGACCAGAGCAUCUCCAGGGAUGACUACGCAGCCGUCCUCACGCACCUGAAUGCCUCCCAGCCCGAGAGGGUGGCCAGGCUCCAUCUGGAGGCUUGCCACCUGGAAGACUUUCUGGAUAAGAGCGCCUCAGGCACGGGCCUGGCCUUCAUCAUCUUCACGGAGGCCAUCCUCCACAUGCCGGGGGCCCCCGGGUGGGCCGUGCUGUUCUUCGGGAUGCUGUUCACCUUGGGCCUGUCCUCAAUGUUUGGGAACAUGGAGAGCAUCAUUACGCCACUCCUGGACAUGGGGCUUACGCACAGAUCCAUCCCCAAGGAGGUCCUGACGGGGCUGGCCUGCCUGCUAUGCUUCCUCUCGGCGAUCUGCUUCACGCUGCAGUCGGGAAACUACUGGCUCGAGGUGUUUGACAACUACGCCGCCCCUCUCAACCUCAUCAUCUUUGCCUUCCUUGAGGUGAUCGGGGUCGCUUAUGUUUACGGGCUGCAACGGUUCAGUGACGACAUAGUGUGCAUGACCGGGAGACGACCUAGCCUCUACUGGCGGGUGACUUGGAAGGUUGUCAGCCCACUGCUGUUGCUGACCAUUUUCGUGGCCUACAUUGCCGUUCUGGUCUGGACGCCGCUGAGCUACAGGGCCUGGAACACCCAAUACGCACGGUUCCCCUCACGGCAGGAGAAGUCCUACCCAGGCUGGGUGCAGGCCACCUGCGUCCUCCUGUGCUUCUUGCCUGCACUGUGGGUUCCAGGUGUUGCCCUUGUCCAGCUGCUCGCCAAGCACAGACGGAAGCAGAAGGACACCUGGCAGGACAGGCGCCCAAAGCUGCAGGAUGGAGGGGCCUCCUGAGGGCUGGGCCGUGGGUGGCAGGGAGGGCCAGCCUGUGUGCCGCUUGCCCGCCAACAGCCAGACCCCAUUACACACUUGCCCAGACCCCAA